CAAACACCCGCGGGCACGGACACUCGCCGCACUCCGUCAUUGGCAUUUGAGUACUACAAGCAUCUUACCACAUCUCUAAUCCGCUCCAUUCACGAGUCUUGACACUGACCCAUUCAGAGGACACCGUCCAAGUCACAACAAACUAAAGCAGCUUCUACAUAUACCGCAAAAAUGGCAUCGAAGGGGGCUCAUAAGCGCCUGACGAAGGAAUAUAUUGCAAUUACAAAAAACCCUCCCGAUUACAUUGUUGCAAAGCCUUUGGAGUCGAACAUUUUAGAAUGGCACUACGUGAUUCGAGGCCCACCGGACUCCCCCUACGAAGGAGGCGAAUAUCAUGGAAAAGUAAUAUUCCCCGCCGACUAUCCAUACAAACCUCCCGCCAUCAAGAUGCUCACACCGAACGGCCGUUUUCAAACGGAUUACAGGCUCUGCCUGAGUAUGAGCGAUUACCAUCCCGGUACUUGGAAUCCAGCUUGGUCUGUUGCAACAAUAUUGACAGGAUUGUUGAGUUUCAUGCUGGAGGAUGCACCAACCACUGGCAGUAUCAAAUCAACCUUGGAAGAAAAGCGGCUCUAUGCAAGAAAAUCUCAUCAGUGGAAUUUGAAUAAUGGGAAAUUCAAAGAGAUAUUCCCCGACCUUUGCACCCCUGAGCUGGCCCCGCUCCCCAACGCGCCGAUAGCGAAACCCCCUUUGAAACCCGCCCUCAAAUCCGCCGCCCACCCCGCUGUCCCAAACCCAUCAGACCUCCAUCGCCGUACAACCACAUCGACAUCCUCUCCAUCUGUUUCAACGUCAGCAGCAACUCAGGCAACAAACCGCCACGCCGUAGGAGCGAAUGAAGCAGGAGUGGUAGUCGCAAAUGUAUGGCAGAAUGUGAGGUCAAACAUAUGGAGAGUGCUACUAUUGGUGGUCUUCUUGUAUUUGGUAGUGCUGAAGGUUGUGGAUAGGGUCGCCGAAGAUUCUGAUGAGAUGUGAGAAUUCAAUUUCAGCAUAUCGAUGUGACUUCUAUGAACGUGUGUGAAGUCGUAUAAGAGAGUUUGUUCGGUCCGUUUGCAGGCGCCCUAACGUAACUGAGAAACCACUCGGGAAUGACUCUAUGUGAGGGAUGGAUUGAUCACGUCUUAUUUACAACCUCUUAAAAGUUAAGAACAAGAUAAAGAUGUGAUAGGUUUACUGUUUGCCGACAUAGCGGACAUUCUGCCUAAUAUGGAGAGCAUGUCUCAGCAUCCGCCUGUCUUCAAAAUCAAUGGUCACUUACCUUAUUUCGGCACCACUCGGCAAUGCAAUUCCAGCAAAACAAAUGACCACAUGGUGUCGCGGUCGUAUGUC